AUACAUGAAAUCAAAAUAAUAAUUUAUUAAUAUUUUCGAACGGAACCCUAAAUUGAAACAUAUUAUAUGACAUUAUCUUGCAUAAAUACAUAUUAUGUCCCUAUUAUUUUUGAAGAUAAUUCAGUGAAUUACUUUAAAAGGGUCAUCCUGUAUAUAUGUAUGUGUACAAGUAUACUUAAUUUUGUUUAAAAAAUUACAAUACUAUUCGGAACAAAAAUCUGUACUUCCGUCUGACAUUGCUGAAUGAAAAUUAUUGCAGAAUUAUUUUUGUAUGUCUUUUCGUUCUACAAAGCCAAUCAACUUUUACCUUUCAGAGGAGUAAGGGAAGACACGAACGAUUUCGUCGAGCUGUUAAUAAAUUAAGAUAUUCCGUUUUUUGAAGUUUUUAUUAAUUGUAAUGAAACUGGGAAACAAAUUUAUGAUGAAGAAUAUAAAUGAAUGUUAAUAAUUUAUGGUUUUAUUUAAACGCAGAUUUUCUAGUACCUUAUUGAAAUUUAAUUAUGUUUUAUGAUUUUUCAUGCAUGGAGUUCAAACAAGUAAUGAGCAUGCAUUUAUACACUACAGCGCUCCUACUGGCCUCUGAAAGUACUAUGCACUUUAAAUUCGUAACGUUUAAACCGUAACGGGUAAAUUUGUAAUUACUUUGAAGAAAAGUGGAGUUCGUGGGUACGAAAAGAUCUAAUACAAAAAAGACGACGUAAAUAACAAUAAUCAUGAACGAUACAAAAAUUAGUAGAAGAGAUAAAUAUCAACAUAUACAAGUCUUUGUUCGUGUUAGGCCAACAAAUGCUAUCGAAAAAAAUAAUAAGUCCAAAACCGUAGUGGAAAUUGUUAAUGACAAAGAGUUGUUAGUACAUGAGCGUCCAUAUGAUAAGGUUUCUAAGAAAUUUAAAUUUGACAAUGUAUUUGGACCCUUGGCAAAACAAAUUGAUGUGUACAAUGUUGUUGUUAAUCCUUUGUUGGAACAAGUUUUGGCUGGAUAUAAUUGUACAGUGUUCGCAUAUGGUCAAACUGGUACUGGGAAAACAUUUACUAUGGAAGGAAUCAACAGUGACCCAACUUUGCAUUGGCAAAGUGAUACAUCUGCUGGUAUGAUACCACGUUCUUUAAGUCAUCUAUUUGAUAAAUUACAUUUAUUGGAAACAAGGGAAUACACAAUUAGAGUUAGUUUUUUGGAACUCUACAAUGAGGAUUUAUUUGAUCUGUUAUCAGUUAAUGAUGAUUGUUCCAAAAUAAGAUUAUAUGAAGAUGCAUCAAAAAAAGGUGCUGUAAUUAUUCAUGGUUUAGAAGAAGUAACAAUACAUAAUAAAAGUGAAGUUUAUAAAAUUCUGGAAAAGGGAUCAGAAAGGAGACAAACUGCUGCAACAUUGUUGAACAGUCAAUCUAGCCGUUCUCAUACUGUAUUUUCAAUAACUGUACAUAUGAAAGAGAAUACCACUGAGGGAGAAGAAGUUUUAAAAACAGGAAAGUUGAAUUUAGUAGAUCUUGCAGGAAGCGAAAAUGUCGGGAGAUCUGGUGCUAUUGAAAAAAGAGCAAGGGAAGCUGGUAGUAUUAAUCAGUCCCUAUUAACUCUUGGUAGAGUUAUAACAGCACUUGUUGAAAGAGCACCUCAUAUACCUUAUAGAGAAUCGAAACUCACGAGAUUGCUACAAGAAUCACUGGGUGGUCGAACAAAAACCUCCAUUAUUGCUACGAUAUCUCCUGCUGCUAUUAAUCUUGAAGAAACAUUAUCAACAUUAGAUUAUGCACAUCGCGCGAAAAACAUUACUAAUCGCCCAGAAAUAAAUCAAAAACUGUCGAAAAAAGAAUUCCUUAAACAGUAUACAGUUGAAAUUGAAAGAUUACGAAAAGAUUUAGAAGCAGCACGUGAGAAGAAUGGAGUUUAUCUUGCAAAUGAGAAUUAUCAAGAAAUGCAGACACAGAUCGCUCAAUUGAAUAAAGAUAUAGAGGAGAAAAUAAAUCAUAUAAAAGCGCUUGAAAAAACUGUUCAAGAUAAGGAGAAAAUAUACAAUGAUCUUGAAGUACAAACUCUCGCACAAAUGAAGGAGUUGUACGAAGCUAAAAAUAAAUUAGAUAAUGUUACGGGCGCCCUUAAAUCUACGGAUGAACGAUUAAAAAUGACGAUCGAGGAACGAGAUAGACAAAAGCUCCUAGUAGAAAAAUAUGUUAAUACAGAACAGUCUUUACUAAAUCAAGCACAAAAUUUAUUGAACGUCGCAGAUACAGCAACGUCAGAUUCGUAUAAAUUACAUGAUAAGAUUGGACGUAAAACUCAAGUCGAACAAACGUUUGAGGCCCUUAGUGAAGAGUUCAGAAACAAGGUUUCUAACUGUGCACAAGGAAUUGAACAAGAUGUUAGCACGUAUGCAGAAAGAUUAAUAAAUUGUUUUACAUCUAUAAAGAAUGAAAUUGGUCUGCAUACUAGUAAUAAAUGCGAAACUAUGGAUACAGCAAUACAACAAAUUUCAAUGGAUCUUAUUAAGCAACAUUUAGCUGAUAUUGAUAGUUUGAAGAAGAAUAUAAAUGAAUCUUAUUCAAAUGAUCAAAAGUGUAUAGAAGAUAAAAUUGCAAAUCCAGCAAAUGCUCUAGAAUGUGAACGUGAAUUGUUAAAUGAAAUUUCCACGAUAUUGGCAAACAAUAUUCAAAAUAUAAUGAGAAAUGCCAUUAUUAAAAAUUUGCAAACAAUAAGGAAUAAUGUAACCCAAAAAUUAAAACAAACUUCAACUCUUAUGAAGGAAAUGAUAGAUUCUGCAUGUAAUGCUCAACUAGAAGCUUACAAUAACAUAAACAAAAACAUUAAAAUUAUUGCAACUGAUGUAGAAAUGCUUCAGAAAAGGCAACAGUUUACAGAAAAACAGCAAUUAUUCGCACAGAUGAUGCAAGAUGCAAGUUCUCAAUUCAACCGUUUAUAUAAGUGUCAAGAAGAACACUAUUCUUCUGUAACUGAUAAAUGUACUUAUGUCAGUAAAGUCUGUAAUGAUAUGACUGAAUACUCAACAGAAAGUUAUAAUAAGAGUGUCGCGAUGCAAAAUGAUCUAAAAGAUCAAAUACAACAUAACUUAGAGAAAAUUGAAACAGAUAUCAUUCUUAAAACAGAAGAGAAUGAAGAAUUAACAGACAAAACAGCGGAACAAGGAAAGAUUCUAAUUAGUGAAUUAGAAUCAAAUAUAAGUGAAAGCUGUAAUACAUUGAAACAAUAUAAAGACCUUACCGAGAAUAGCGUUAAAGAAAUGCAACAAAAAAUAGAUAUGGAUAGAAACAAAGCUCUUUCAUUGGUUAACAACGCACAGAAAAUAGUUACAAGUGUAAGUAAAGAUUAUGCAGAAUCAAUGAAAAGCCAAGACAUUAAAACCUCUGAAUCUUCGAACGAAAUAAUCAGUAAACUAGAGGAUCAAAUAACGGAAUCAAGUGCAUGGAGCAACAAAACUGUUCAUCAGUUGCAAUCAGCAGUGAACGAAAUUAAUCACUUCUUUGAUGAAGAUCUAAAACGCGAUGUUCCAACAGGAACGACUCCUGCGAGGAGAGAAUUUUCUUAUCCUCGUCAGUUUGUUGCAACAUCUCCUCAUGAACGAAUUCUCCAAAGAUUCAGACAAGUUAAGAAAGUUAUUGAAACAUCAGAAGAUGAUAAUGAUACGUAUAUUACGAGUGGCGACAUAACAAUGAAACAAAUUGCACACUCAACUCUUCUACAUGAUACUACUGUUAUAUCUGCUGCAACUGAUAACACAUUUACCGAAUCUACCUCUAACAACGAUCUCUCAUCAAAGAACUUGGAAACACGCACUUUUGUAGAUUCGCACAUUGAAAGUAUUGUAUCCAGAUCGAAUGUGUAGAAAGCGUUGGAAAAUAUAUUAAACUGUACUAGUUUAGAACAGUUCAAAGAGAAGAAAAUUUUAUCGUUUUUUUUCUCUUUUCAACAGAACAUGGGUUGUAGAUUGUUCCAAUUGCAUGACAUACUCGUACAUAAUAAUAUCAGUGUGUAACGUAAUAACAACAGUAAUAAUAUUAAAUUAAUUUUACAGGAUACAAAUAAAGAGAAUACAGGGAAUGUUGAUUAAUGUAUAACCGCAUAGAAAGAAAUUAAUGAAUUGUACAAAAGUAAAAACUGAUAAUAUUUUAAAUGCGUAACU